CUGGAAGUUACAGAGUAGAACCCAAAAAACAAAUCUAUAUGGUUCGGCAUUUCGCCUGAGGAGAAGGACUUCCACAUACCUUGGCAAAGAGUUCUCGUCUUCCAAAACAUAAGGGGAUACAAACAAAAAAUUUAACAGCGGAAGGGGAGAGAUUCUCUUGAAGGGCAGAGGCUGUUGCUGGGGAGGCUAUGACGAUGGAUACAGAAAAAAGAAAAAGGAAAAAAAAAACACGACAACACAAAAGAACAACCUGUUAAUACUAAGAGAGAUGGCUGGACCGCAGCUGAAGGAAGCCACACCACAGUGCACAGGAAAAUUUCAAGAGCCAAUACAAGCCUUUCGCAUGGAUUUGAUCAAAAACAUAAAAGAAAUGCUGAUGUACGGCUUUAGGUGUACUUAUUUGUACAUCAAGUUGCUGUUCAUUGGCAGUACAGCAGGAGGGAGUGUGUGGAAUGAGCCCACAGUGGCUUUGAGUGCCAGCUACUGUGACACGCUGGGAGAGCGAGCGAGCGAGCAACAGAGAGAGAGAAAGAGAGAGAGAGAGAAACUGCAGCAGAUCUGGAUCAGAUAGCAAAGACAGAGAGAAGGGGAAAGAGGGGAAAGCCAAAUGUUUUCUUUAAAAAAGGAGAAAAACGCUCAAAAAGGCUUCAAACUACAACACGAGCACACAUCUUUACUGAGCUCCAAGGCAGGAGUUAAGGGCUAAAGAGCACCCAUGUGGUUUUCAUGCUGGGAAAUUGUUACUUAGCCACCUGUUCCAAGCCAGAGGUACUGGUACUGCUGGUGGGGGCGACUUUUUUUCUUCGAUUAAUAUUUUUGGAAAGCAAAAGAACAAAUGAGCCAAGAGGAGUAGGAGAACCGUUGGAGAGCGACAGCGUCUGGAGAGCUCGUCCGGGCACGCACCGGGCGAGAAGCCGCAAGGCGAGGAUUGAUGGAGAUGAAGAAGUUUAAGGGGGUUGUAAGCUUUUGCCUCAGACGGCUGGAAUGGCUUUGCCCGUAGCUGUCUGAAAAGUGAGGAGCCCGAAAGCCGCGUGGAAAAUGUUCAGGUUUGGCUAGCGGGGAAGAAGGGGAUAACAGAAAUAAAUCCGUGAGUGCGAGACCGAGGAGAGACUCGCAGGCCCAAGCCAACCACCUGCAGCCAGGACGUCCGAGUGCAGUAAUACACAGGAUCUUAUUUUUGAAUGUUCUGGUCAGCACUAAGCAGGGACACAGGACUGCAAACCGUUCUGGCUCGCUCCUCCGGCUCCACAGAGGGAUGAGCGCAGGCAGAAUCAACCGCUACAGCAUAGUGUCCUCAGAAGAAGACGGGCUGAGGUUGGCCACCAUGCCAGGGGUCAACGGCUUCGGCAACGGCAAAAUCCACACCCGGCGGAAGUGCCGCAACCGCUUCGUGAAGAAGAACGGCCAGUGCAACGUGCAGUUCGCCAACAUGGACGACAAGUCCCAGCGCUACAUCGCCGACAUCUUCACCACCUGCGUCGACAUCCGCUGGCGGUACAUGCUGCUGAUCUUUUCCUUGGCCUUCCUGGUUUCCUGGCUGGCCUUCGGCCUGGCGUUCUGGCUCAUUGCGCUCAUCCACGGAGACCUGGAAAACCCCACAGGGGACGAAAACUUCAAGCCGUGCGUACUGCAGGUCAACGGUUUCGUCGCCGCCUUCCUCUUCUCCAUCGAGACACAGACCACUAUUGGCUAUGGGUUUCGCUGCGUCACUGAGGAAUGUCCUAUUGCGGUGUUCUUGGUGGUGUUUCAGUCUAUCGUAGGGUGUAUUAUCGACUCUUUCAUGAUAGGUGCAAUAAUGGCGAAAAUGGCACGGCCCAAGAAAAGAGCCCAGACCUUACUCUUUAGUCACAAUGCUGUAAUAGCCAUGAGGGAUGGCAAGCUGUGUCUCAUGUGGCGAGUUGGGAAUCUCCGAAGGAGCCACAUCGUGGAAGCUCACGUCAGGGCUCAGUUAAUUAAGCCACGGAUCACAGAGGAAGGGGAGUACAUACCACUAGACCAAAUAGAUAUCAACGUUGGCUUUGACAAAGGGUUAGACCGGAUUUUCUUGGUUUCUCCCAUAACAAUCCUUCAUGAAAUCGACGAAGAAAGUCCCCUUUUUGGCAUCAGCAAGCAAGAUCUGGAAACGGCCGACUUUGAAAUUGUUGUCAUACUUGAAGGGAUGGUGGAGGCCACUGCCAUGACCACCCAGGCGCGGAGCUCGUACCUGGCUGCGGAGAUUCUCUGGGGCCACCGGUUUGAGCCUGUCCUGUUCGAGGAGAAAAACCAGUACAAAGUAGACUACUCCCACUUUCAUAAAACUUAUGAGGUGCCGUCAACUCCUCGCUGCAGUGCCAAGGACAUGGUGGAGAACAAAUUCCUGGUUCCCAGUACCAACUCCUUCUGUUACGAGAACGAACUUGCUUUUAUGAGCAGGGAUGAAGAGGAGGACGAAGACAGCAGGGUGUUGGAUGACCUGAGUCCAGACAGCCGACAUGACUUUGACAGACUACAAGCCACCAUAGCACUGGAUCAGAGGUCAUACCGUAGGGAAUCUGAGAUAUGACCUCUGAUCCUUGACCUUUUGUCUGCUUUUGGGUUUGUUUUCAUGAAUAAAUGCAGAACAAUGCAAGUGCCAUAGGAAAACUUAACUACUGUAAUAGCGUUGCAAGGUCAAGAGAGACAAGCAACAGCAGAAAGCUGGGUGGGGUCUCUGGUAACCCUAGAAGUAUAAGCAGAAAUGUUGAGGCAAAUGAGAUCAACAAAUGUUGAGGCAAGAAACAAAAUAAGGCAUCCUGAAAAUAUAAUCAGGACUGUCUGAAACACAGAAAAUGGUUAGAGAAAGGCCCUUUCUCUUCAUAAAAACUUGAAUAUUUUCUUUUUACAUACAGUAGAUGGAGCUGAAAGCUUUAAUUGAUACAUUACAAACAAUAGGUGAUAAAGAAAGAAACCAUUUCACAUUAAGGUGUAAAUAGAUUGCAAAAUUAUGUUACAAUUAGUGCAGACAUUGAUUUAUCAAUGGGUAUAGGAAAAACUGCAAGCUUUUUCUGCCUGCUCUUUGUUUUGUUAAGAGUGAAAACAGUACUGCCAGACUGAAGACCUGUGUUGGGCCUAUCCAUGUGGAAUAAUUAGCUAUUCAUAACAGAAUCCUUGAUUUAUUGCAGCGAAUGUUCUGGGAAUUGCACUACCAGUAGUAUUAGCUACUGUACCAGCAGACAGAUCACCGAAAAAACUUAUGGAUAUUCGUCAUCAAGCAUACUUUACUGUAUACUAUGCUACCUUAUGGGUGCACAGAUAGAAACACUUCUAAAUAACAAAAUUGAAGGGGAGGCAUGAAAGUGGGCCUGGCAAGCACAAUCACAUUAAUCAAGGACUUCAAGCACUAAAAUGUCAUUUGCACUACAGUUUUAAGGAGAAUAAUUGCAUAUGUUGUUCUCUCAGAAGAACAACACGUUCCGUUUAUUUUGAGUCCCCAAAUGAAGAACAUGAGCUGGGUGGUACCGGGUGCCUGUAAGAAGGACUCACUUGACUUCCCUUUCUUUUUAUCAGGCAAAGAAAAACAAACAUCUGUUCUCUGGAAGGUGGCACCAUGAAAUGGUUUGAGUGCUAUAGGCCAAAUGGUGCCUGAGCUCCAUCAGUAUGGUCGCUCAGACCCAUUCAGGUCUUUCAAUUAAGAGGAAGGGUUUUGUUAACAAGGAUGCUUUUUAGUGAGACAAAAUAUUGAAAAAAAAUCAAAUCAAUAUUUAACUCUAUCUCAUGAAGGGGACAAAAUUGUCCUAGAGGGCAAGCAUCUUUGCAGGUUUUCUAGGUCUCUUCCAAGCACCAGCUCCUGAAGAGCUGGGAGGAGGUAUUAUAUUUGUCUCAUUAAGCUAAUAAUGAGACGAUUUAGAGCUGUAAUGGAAUGAAAACCUGCGGACACAUCACCCCACUUGAACCAGGGCUGCCCAUCCCUGCCUAACCCCUUAAAAGAGCAAAUAAAUACCAUAUAUGGAAGGAGACAAAGGGAGAUUCCACUCAUUCAAUUCUUACAAAUUAAAAUGUCAUCCAUAUACAGUAUCUAUGCACAUGAAUUUUCAAAGAUUAGUUUCCAAGCUCUAAAUAAAGUAACAAAUAUUUCGCUUAAGCUACACAGCAUGUAACCAGAUUUGUUCUGGCUAAAACAAAUCACUACUUCUAAAUAAAUCAAAGAAUAAACCUAUCAAUACAAAUUCAAUAACUUCUUAAUACUAUAAAGCAACUUGUACUAAUGAUCUAAUGAAUACAGAACGGAGAAAUUACACAGAAGAGGUUCCAGGUUAUCCUGAAAAUAGACUGAUUAUAAAAGUGAAAGUACACAGGAUUAAUGCCUUUACAAGAUUUUUUGUAAUCAAAAGGACACGUACCUUCAGAUAGCCACAACCAAAGACAAAAUCAUGACAAAUGAUGACAUUUUGGACAAAAUCAUGAGAAAUAAAACUAAAACUGGGGAAUAAUAAUUUGAGGAAAAAUAAUUACAAAGCAUAGCUGAGUUAAAGAAGGCAGGCCAGUGGCUAAGAAAAAGAAGUGACAAUAUCUAUCAGCAUGAAGGCUGUUUACAUUUGCAGGCUCAUAAAAUCACUCUUCAUCAUCACAUUAGUUAGUGGACAGAAAAACUUUGAAAUCAGGCAGUUUUUUUCCCUAAUCAGAUCAGUGGGAGG